AUGUUGCGUCGUGCCCAGAAUGACUACAGCGCAUACUUUAACUGGAAUACUGAUAUUAGACCACUUGAAUCCUCCAGUUCGUCGAUUCCUCGCCACAUGUUCCAUUUCACUGAGCUUGAGAACCUUACAGCUGAUAGCACCAAACACUUACCUUACCGCCACACAAACUUGCAACAAUUUAAGCUAAAUUCUGGCAACGCCAGUUUCAUGCGUGAGCUACCACUGGAAAACUUGAGUGGGAUGAGGAUUAAGGUCACAUUAUGGGGUGAUUCCACUUCUGAGCUUACCAGAAACCUUGAAGCGCAUGAACUUAAUCCGCGGCCUAUUGUAGCUGUUGUCGCUGGCAAGGCGUCGCUCUCUUUAACCAAUGCGACUAAAAUUUACUUUAACCUCGAUAUUCCAGAAGUCUUGCAUAUUCGAGAAAGGUCUUCCCACCGAACACCGCCGCGUGAAAUCACAAUCCCGAUGAGAGUUGGUUACAAUCAGGCAGCUAAAUCCACUGGCGACACUACCAUGUCAGUUUCCCAAUUGCUGGAAGCAAAGUGGGAAUCUGGAUACAAUAUGCUAAACAGAAAAGUCUGCCGUGCCAAGGCUAUUGGUAUUUCCACUGAGAAAGGAUGGUACUACCUGGGCUGCCACAACUGCACAACUAAGUCGGUUGGAAACACGGGGGACCAUUGGUGCCCUAGCUGCAAGGUCCAAAUAGACGAACCGGUUCCCAGAUACCUUCUUAGAUUGGAAGUUGAAGACUCAUCGGGCACAGCAUUUUUUGUUGCCAUGGACAGCAAAGUCCAAAAAAUUGUCCAGCUACCAGCCUUGGAUGCUGUUAAUAAGGGCGAGGUUACAGAGGUGGAUUUCAAAACCAGAUCUCUUUAUCAAGACAUUGAAGAAGAUGGUGAUGAAAUCGAGACUCCCUGUGGACAUUUAGGGGUGGUGGAAAGGGGGAAAUAG